GCGAAUCCAUAGCCAGCAGAGAACCAACGAGAUGAGCCCAAAUACUACCCCACCACCCCGCAUUCGCGCGGCGCUGUUCGAUAUGGACGGCCUGCUCAUCGAUUCGGAAGACAUCUACACAGAGGUCACGAACACGAUUCUCACACGUUACGGCAAGCCAAACCUACCAUGGUCCAUCAAGGCGCAACUACAAGGUCGUCCUGGCCCUCAAGCCGGCCAGAUCUUCCACUCAUGGGCCCAGCUACCCAUUGGCCAAGAGCAAUUCCUCAAGGAGCAAAGGGAACUGCAAGUUAAACUGUUCCCGAACACAAAGCCUUUACCAGGUGUGAUGGACCUGUUGGCGGGACUCAAGAAGAGGGGUGUGCAUAUGGCAUUAGCGACGAGCAGCAACAAGAACAACUUCAAGAUCAAGAGCGAGCACCUCGGCGACCUCUUCCAGAACUUCGAGCUCGAGCACCAGGUCCUUGGUGACGAUCCACGGAUACCUGCAGGUCGCGGCAAGCCAGCACCGGACAUCUACCUCCUCGCUCUCUCCACGCUCAACAAGACGCUCGAGGCUCAAGGCCAGCCACCGAUACAACCAGAGGAGUGCUUGGUGUUCGAAGACAGCGUGCCGGGUGUCGAGUCAGGGCGGAGAGCAGGUAUGCAGGCAGUUUGGGUACCUCACCUGGAGCUGCUGAACGAGUACAAGGGCAGGGAGAAAGAGGUGUUGGCCGGGUUGACUGGCGAGCACAAGGAAGAUGAGGAGCAGCAGUUGCAGAAGACGGAAGUUGAGGUCAAACAGGGCAAGAGACAGGUUGGCAUGCCUGGUGAGACUGAUGAUGGGUGGUCGAGGCUGCUCAAGAGCCUGGAGGACUUCCCAUACGAGAGCUAUGGCAUGAGAGAAUAAAUGCCACGCGCAAGCUUAUUGAGUGAGUAACACAAAGUGUACCCUAUAACGUUCCUAUGCGCAUAUAUCCAUUUCGCAGGUUUAGCUAACUGAAGUGCGAGCUAAGUGUAGCAAGGCUAACGAAUGUGGGGGCUGCAUCGACCUAUUUAUGUGAACCAUGCAUGCUGCACGGACUGCGAC